GAGAGAGACAGAGAGAGAGGGAGAGGAAAUAGAAGAACAGAACUACCGGAGCCUAUGAAUGGCGACGGAAGAACAGAGUAAUCAAGAAGAAGCAGCAGGAAGAGAGGAUUCCUCGACUCGUUUGCAUACGAUUAUGGCGGAAGCAAAACAAUCGGCGUUGUUUUGCACAGGUGAUCUUUUAGGCGGAGAUGGAGCGAUUGCGAGUCUACCCAUGAAGAAAAAGAAGAGGAAAAACAGGAAUUCUCUUCCCUCAACCGCCGUAAGUUCUCUCAAUUUCUCCGCUUCGUCACCCACGCCUCAAUCGCAGGCACAUGAUCCAAUUCUCAAUCUUACCCACGAGAACGGAAUUGCUUCUUGUGCUGAUUAUCUUAAUUACAAUAUUAAUCUUGAUGUUAAUCUAGCAAUUAAUUGCUCCGAUAAUGCUAAUAAUAAUGAUAUGGAGAAGAAUAAGAAGAAGAAGAGUAAGAAGGUUCUAGAACAAGAAGAAUCGUGGGUGGUUUCGCCGUCAGGAACCACGUGCUCAUAUGAUUUUCCCACUAAUGACACUGACGCAAAUGAGAUCGAAGAGGAAAAAGAUUGCAACAAAAAAAAAGAUAGGAGGAGGAGGAGGAAGAGAAAUGGUAGCAAGUGUUGCGAGCUAGCGAGAGAGGAGGAUAGGGCUUUUGAGUUUGAUAAGCAGAAAAGAGAGCCCGAUUACCGAAUAAAGAGCAGGAUUGGUCCAUUUGAUGUGAGUUUAGAAAACGAAGUUUUGAAGAUUGAGGAUAUUCUUUCGCGAAGGAUUUACAAGAGUAAUGGCACGAGAACAGACUUAAAGGAUGGCCAGCAUGAUGAUGAAGAGGAACCCACUUUCUCUUUCAAGGCUGCAAACAAUCCUUCCAUUCUAGCUAUUGAUGGUUGCUGCAACUUAGCUGGGGAGGUUGAGGAUGAAGCUGUUAUAAUACCAAGCAUUUAUGCAAGCUUGAAAGAAGAAAAGGUACAGCAAAAUGAGCUAAAAAUUGGAAAGACUGUUAGUUCCAAGCAAAGGCGAAGAACCAAAAAACAGCGAAGAAUUGCUCGCAUUGAUGUUCGAAAGGUGUCUCCAUACUUUCAGAAGAUACCCAAAGAAGGAGAAAAUGCAGAUGACCCCCAUCUCAAUCUCACCCAUGAGAAUGGAAUUGCUUCUUGUGCUGAUUAUCUUAAUUAUAGGAAGCGAAGGAAGAUCAAUGACAUUAAAUGUGAUGUUAAUCUAUCAAUUAAUUGCUACAAUAAUACUAAUAAUAAUGGUAAGAAGAAGAAGAAGAAGAAGAGUAAUCCUAGUUCUAGUAAGAAGGGUCUAGAAGUAGAAGACUCGUGGGUGGUUUCGUCAUCAGGAACCUGGUGCUCAUAUGAUUCUCAUACAAAUGACACUUCCCCAAAUGUGAUCAAAGGGGAAAAAGAUUGCAACAAGAGCAAAGACAAGAGGAGGAAGAGAAAUGAUAGCAACACAGAUGAGAGGAGGAGGAAGAGAAAUGAUAGCAAGUGUUGUGAGCUAGUAAAAGAGGAGGAUAAGGCUUUUGAGUUUGAUAUGCAGAAAAGGGAGCCCGGUUACCAAAUGAAGAGCAGAAUUGGACCAUUGGAUGGAAGUUAUGAAAAUGAGGUUUUGAAGCUUGAGGAUGUCCUUUCGCAAAGCAUUUACAAGAGCAAUGGCACGAGAACAAACUUAAAGGAUGGCCAACACGAUGAUGAGGAGGAACCCACUUUCUCUUUUAAGGUCACAAACAAUCCCUCCAUUCUAGCUAUUGAUGGUGGCUGCAACUUAGCUGGGGAGGUUGAGAAUGAAGCUGUUAUAAUACCAAGCAUUUAUGCAAGCUUGAAAGAAGAAGUACAGCAAAAUGAGCUAGAAAUUGGAAAGACUGUUGGUUCCAAGCGAAGGAGAAGAAAGGAAAAACAGCAAACAAUUGCUCAUGUUAAUGUUCGAAAGGUCUCCCCAUACUUCUGUAGGUCAAAAGGACAACAAGAGGCGAGAAAUGACGAUAAUGGUAGACAAUUUAGCCCAACAAGAGCUUGUGCAAAAGCUCGCGCUACUUCUGCGAAGGUCUCCCCCUACUUUCAAAAGAUAUCCAAAGAAGAACAGCAAGAGGUGAGAAAUGACGGUAAUGAUAGACAAUUGAGACCCAAAAAAGCUUGUGCAAAAGCUCGUGCUACUUCUGUGAAGGUCUCCCCCUACUUUCAAAAGAUAUCCAAAGAAGAAGAAAAUGCAGAUGGCCUUCUGUUGGAAGGUAAAAAUGGGUGUAAAACAGGUGUGGAAGUUAGUACUGUUCUAUCUACUUCUGAGAAGCUAGGUGAAGCUUACCUAAGAAAAAGUCCAGAUAACAUGUGGAAACCUCCUCGCUCCAGCUAUGGUCUACUCCAAGAGGAUCAUGCCCAUGAUCCUUGGAGGGUAUUGGUGAUAUGUAUGCUCCUAAAUCGGACAACUGGUUUGCAGGCUAAAAGGGUGAUAUCGGAUCUCUUUACUCUCUGUCCUGAUGCAAAGACCGCAACUGAGGUCACUCCAGAGGAGAUUGAAACGAUUAUAAAAACACUAGGUCUGCAAAGGAAGAGGGCAGCGAUGAUACAGCGCCUCUCUCAAGAGUACUUGUGGGAAAGCUGGACCCACGUGACUCAGCUGCAUGGCGUUGGCAAGUAUGCAGCUGAUGCGUACGCAAUAUUUUGUACAGGAAAGUGGGACCUGGUGAGGCCUACUGAUCACAUGCUAAAUUAUUACUGGGAAUUUCUGUGCAGUAUUAGACAUACCUUAUGAUUUUCCCUCUCUCUCUCUCUCUCUCUCUUCCUAUUAGACAUACCUUACAGGAUUGUGAGCUCUAUUUUUGUGAUUUUAGAGUACAGUUUCAAGGAAGAACUUGUUCUAGUCAAAACUUCUAUUUUAAACUUGUACAGAUUUAGGAUCAAGAAUAUCUGAGUAGAGAUAGCUAGAAGCUGAACCCAUCUCCUACAUUUUGGUCUGCUUCCACCCCUUAUCAAUCACCUGUAUAUGCAAAUCUUUUUUCUUUGUCCCUUUUCUUAUUUUUCUAGUUAAUGUUAUUUUCAUUUGGUUGAUGCAAAA